AUGCCACCAACGAGUGAUCCAUUGAAGUUGUUCAUGGAAGACACUGAAAAAACUCAAACACUUUCGGGUAAAUACGUCAAGAUCCAAGAAUAUCUCGUCUCUCUCAAGAAGAAGAAGAGUAAGAUAAAUAAUCUCGACCUUCCUAUCUCCAAACAAUGCUUGUAUCAUGUUUCCACCAUAGAAGCUGAACCGCCACCACCGGCUGGGAUCUUCAGCGACGGGUGUUGA